AAACGGGGUGGUGGCAGGAAGGUGAGUCUGGACUCCUGGGUCAUCAUGUCUACACCUUUAGAGCAAGGGGUUAAACGACAUUCAAAAAGUCUGAACAGCACCUCUGAGGCAUUCGCCAAUCUCCCAGAAUCCUCUCUGACUUGGUGUUUGGCUCAGCUGUCCAAAACACGCACAUUAGCAGACAGUCACAGCAGUGGACUGACAGGAGCAGAAAAUAAGAUUGUCCCUAGAGGUGACAAAGCCAGGGAUGCAGACAAGAGACUCAAAGCUGGUCAGUGGAGGGCAUUGGUGGCCAUUCGGACGCAGCACAUCAAAGGAGGUGGUGGCAGGAUAGCCCGCUUCCAAUCACAGGGAGGACUUCCUCCUUUGCUCGAUCUCCUCAGGCGACCAGAAAGCUCCAGAAAGUUUUUGGACUUGGCACUUAGCAUCCUGGCCAACUGCUGCACUGAGAAACAGACAAGACUAGAAGUAAGAAAGCUUGAUGGCAUAUAUGUUGUUGUGGAUGUCCUCAGGAGGAAUGUCUCUGUGGAGACGGUGCAAAAUCGAGCAGCUCGAGCUUUGGGAAAUCUCGCGAUAGACCCAGAUGGUUCUGCUGAGGUCCACUCUGCAGGUGGUGUUCCACUUCUCCUGCUCUGCUUGUCUCUCUCUCCAUCCUCUCCCUCUUCACUGACUCCAGCCCCUGAACUCUGUGCUGCUAAAGUGGAAUGUGUCCAGUCUGCUGCCCGGGCGAUUGUCUACCUUUCUGACACGCCGGCCAACCGGCUUCUGCUGCUUUCACAAGGCGCUCUUCCAUCUCUCGCUUUCUUUAUUGCUCCAGAGUACCCUUUGGGUCUGCAGCGGGCAUCUCUUCGUGCCAUUCAUGAGCUCACCAGAGGCUGCAGUGCAGAGUGUGCCAGAGAGAUGUCCAGGUCCGGGGCAUUGACUCAGCUCGGGGUCCUUGCCUCAGGAGAAGGUUGUCGGCCUUUGGAAGAGCUAGCUUUGAAGACGCUGGCUAACUUGUGCUCUCAAGGCUGCCUGAGGCCACUGGUCGGUUCGUUGGGAGUCAUUCAGAAGUUCGCAAAGGAAGUGAAAAAGGAUCUUCUGAAGUCAGGUGUGUUCUUCAAGGCCCUGUGCCUCUGCUGCAGAGAGGCUGUAAACAGGGCUAAAGUAAAGGAGAGUGGAGGACUGGAGGUGUUGAUCAGCUUUUUAUCUGCCCAUCAAAACCAUCCGCUCACACGUUUCGCAAUUCUUGCUUGUGUGGACUUCGUCUACGAUGAAUCUGCUCUUGAACAGCUGCAGGAGCUCGGGCUGGUGCCGCUGCUGAUCAAGCGGUUAGUUGAGCUUGCUCACGGAGAAGAACCGACUGCAGGAAAGAUUGAUGCCAGCCUGUCCUCUGGUUCUCCAUGCUCUGAACUGAUGACCUCUUGUUUUGACUCGUUUGACUUCUCAGCCCUUGAAGGGAACAAGAGGGAGGAUGUGAGCAAAGACCAGACUUCGGGAUCUUCCAGCUUCCUCAGCCUUAGGUCUUGGCUGGUUUCUGAGGGUCUGAUCUCAUCUGAGGGUGAGCUGACUGAAUCCCCAUGUGGAAGUGAAGUCUUUGGUAGCAGCCCUCAAUCCUCCAUCUCAUCAUCACCUUGCUCUGAGAUCUCACAAAGCUCGACCUUGCGUCCACCCCCCUUUUCUCCCUCCACCCGCUCCAAACCCAUCUGGCUCUCGUCUUCCUCCUCUUCCUCCUCCUCCACCUUCUCCUCCAUUCCAAUAUCUCCUCGAAACGUACCAGGGUCGCCUUCCUCUUCACAGCCCCCCUGUGCCUCCUCCCCUCGAUCUGAGCAACCACCUUCAGUGACGAAACCUUCCUCAUCUCCCCUCCAAAUCUCCUCUCCUCCCAGAAAGAGGCUCCGUGCCUCUUCAUCCUCCUCUACAUCCUCCUCUCGCUGUAGUGUGGUCACCCUGGACAGCCCCCCUGUGAUGUCAAAAACCCCAGUCUACCAUCAUCCUUAUCACCCUGAGGCCUGGGCCCCAGAAUCCCCCAUUCUUCUGCUCUUGUCGCGCUUCUCCCACGCCUCAGACCCCAGCACAGCGCUUGUCAACACAAAUGUUUUCUCCGGGCUGUUGUACUACCUCACCCAGCACCAUGACCCCAGUGGGCGAUGCUUUCGGAUGCUUGGGCGCCUCAGUUGCAACCCAAACUGCUUCCAGGCUUUGAUCAGAAUUGGAGCCGUGGCUCUGAUCAAACAGAGACUGUGUGUGAGAGGAGAGGAGAUCGGGGGAUGCAAAGGAGUAACGGACAGACAAUCAGAGAAAGUCAAAGGCAAAAUCACACAACUAGGUUUGACCCUGCUCAGUAAUCUGAGGGUUCAGAGCGAGUCUGGAUUUGGCACUGGAGUUCUUACACACAUCAUGCUGUCAGGCUCUGAAUCUGACAAGCUGUACUGUGUCCUCUCUCUGCCUCUGAUUAACAGCAACAGAGUUCUUUUGAAGAAGCUGCUUUUGGAUAGUGGAGGGCUGGCAGCAGCUCUUGAACUGAUUGGCUGUCACAGAGAAGAAGAUGAUGAUGAUGAUGAUGAUGAUGAAGAUGAACAGUCUGACAAAUGUUGGGCAUUUCUUGCCGGCUGGUUGCAUCCUCUUGAACAGCCAUCCCCUUUGAGAUUUAAAUCCCUGUACAUCUCUCUUCUCAUUGGAUGCCUCUCCAGUCUGCUUUCAAGUUCCAAGGAGGACAGAAAGAAUUGUAGCAUAGAUUGCCAGACCGGAACAGAGACAGCCAAAUUUCUGGAUAACAAAUCCCAACCGCAUCAAAGCCAGUCAUGUCCCUACUUGAAGGCAACUCAUGAUAUAACUUUCCUCCUUGAUGAUGGAACCCUUCUAUUAGCCAAUCACGAGGCUGUCACUGGGGAAGAGGGAGCCAAAGACGUUGGUUCUGAGUAUUUUAGAGCCCUCUUGAUGGGAGGAUUUGGGGAGGCCCAAAAAGCUAAAGGCGAGGCCAUCCGGAUCAAGGACGUGAACAGUGGGAUGCUCUUACCUGUUCUGCACUACUUACACGGCUGUCGUUUGACUGAUGGAAACAAAGACCAAAUGUCAAUGCAUGACACAAAUUGUCUUGUUUUGUCCUCUCUAGCCUCUCAUGGGCUGCUUAGACCACAGGACGAGGUUGAAUCAUGCUUGGCACAAGAGAAGGAAUUUCAAAAAACCCCACUGGCUGAAGUGAUGAUUGGGGCUUGUAGGUUUUUAGUACCUGGUUUACAACGGUCAGCUGAGGACCUAAGUGUAGACCUUCUCUACUCGGUCAUAAGGAGCCUGACCAAACAUUGCUGUUCAAAAGAUGGAAUGGAUGCUGGUUCGGUCUGCAAGGGUCCUGAAGGAUCACCACACUUGACCAAAACUGAAGUGUCAAAGUGUUCCAAACAACAUUCUAAAUCCUCUCAAAGUUCCAAAGAGGUUCCGUCAUCGUCUUCUGACACUGAAGCAGCUUGGCUGAGGUCUCUGCUGCCUCAAGUGUACUGGUUCUCACAGCGCUACUCUUACCUGCGACUGGGCCAGGCCUGUCUGUCCAUACUGCUGCAGUCUCAGGGCCUCCAUCCUGCUCCCCUUCAGCCCUCCCUCUCCACUGACUGCUUCCUGCGUUUGGCGCAAGAGGCGGACUGCGCAGAAGGACUGAGGAAGGACAUCUUAAACCUCAUUAAAACAGCCCUCAGCUAAAGGGCAAACAGUACUGGAUAGGGAAAGGAAUGUAAUGCAUUGUUGGUGUAACCUAAUUUAG